GCGAGGCGGGCGGGCAGCGCUCCGCUCCCGGUGCCGCUGCCGAUCCCGCUGCCUCCGCCGCCAUGCCGCCGCCCGGCCCCCGCCGCCUCUCCCUCCUCCUCCUCUCCUUCUUCCUCCCCGCGCUGCUGCUCCGCCGGGCGCUGGCCGCCGCAGGGCUGGAGUACAGCGACGUGCUGCCCGACUCGUUCCCGUCGGCGCCGGCCGAGACGCUGCCGCACUUCCUGCUGGAGCCGCAGGACGCCUACAUCGUCAAGAACAAGCCCGUGGAGCUGGUGUGCCGCGCCAACCCCGCCACGCAGAUCUACUUCAAGUGCAACGGCGAGUGGGUCAACCAGAACGACCACGUCACCAAGGAGAGCCUGGACGAGGUCACCGGGCUGCUGGUGCGGGAGGUGCAGAUCGAGGUGUCCCGGCAGCAGGUGGAGGAGCUGUUCGGCCUGGAGGAUUACUGGUGCCAGUGCGUGGCCUGGAGCUCGGCGGGCACCACCAAGAGCCGCCGCGCCUACGUCCGCAUCGCCUACCUACGGAAGAACUUUGAUCAGGAGCCGCUGGGCAAGGAGGUCCCGCUGGAGCACGAGGUGCUGCUGCAGUGCCGCCCGCCCGAGGGGGUCCCACAGGCCGAGGUGGAGUGGCUGAGGAACGAGGAUGUCAUCGAUCCCAGCCAGGACACCAACUUCCUGAUCACCAUCGAUCACAACCUCAUCAUCAAGCAGGCCCGGCUGCUGGACACUGCCAACUACACCUGCAUGGCCAAGAACAUCGUGGCCAAGCGCCGGAGCACCACGGCCGCUGUCAUCGUCUACGUGAAUGGUGGCUGGUCCACCUGGUCCGAGUGGUCUCCGUGCAACAACCGCUGUGGCCGGGGCUGGCAGAAGCGCACCCGCACCUGCACCAACCCCGCGCCCCUCAACGGCGGCUCCUUCUGCGACGGGCAGCCCUUCCAGAAAAUCACCUGCACCAGCCUCUGCCCAGUGGACGGCGCGUGGACGGAGUGGAGCAAGUGGUCGGCGUGCAGCACCGAGUGCACCCACUGGCGCAGCCGCGAGUGCACGGCCCCCGCGCCCCGCAACGGCGGCAAGGACUGCAGCGGGGUGCUGCUGGACUCCAAAAACUGCACCGACGGCCUCUGCCUGCACAAUAAAAGAAUUCUAAACGAGCCCAAAAGCCACCUGCUGGAGGCCACGGGCGAUGUGGCCCUGUACGCCGGGCUGGUGGUGGCCAUUUUUGUCUUCAUCGUGAUCCUUAUGGCCGUGGGCGUGGUGGUGUACCGGAGGAGACGCCGGGAUUUCGACACGGACAUCACGGACUCCUCAGCUGCUCUGACCGGAGGGUUCCACCCGGUCAACUUCAAAACGUCCCGGCAUGACAACCCUCAGCUGCUGCACCCGUCCAUGCAGCCGGACCUGACGGCCAGCGCGGGCGUGUACCGCGGCCCCAUGUACGCCCUGCAGGACUCCUCCGACAAGAUCCCCAUGACCAACUCCCCGCUGCUGGACCCCCUGCCCAGCCUCAAGAUCAAGGUCUACAACUCCUCCACCGCCUCCUCCUCGCCGGGGCUGCACGACAGCACGGACCUGCUGGGGGGUGUCCCCGCCACCGGCACCUACCCGGGGGACACCGCCAGGGACGGCCACUUUGCCAACGUGAGGAGCAAAGGCCUGGGCUCCCAGCACCUCCUCAGCCUGCCCCGGGAGCAUGGCUACAGUGCCAGCGGCACAUUUGGCUACCUGGGGGGAAGGCUCACUGUGCCAGGCACAGGGGUGAGCCUGCUGGUGCCCCACGGGGCCAUCCCCCAGGGGAAGUUCUACGAGAUGUACCUGGUGCUCAACAAGGCUGAGACCGCCCUGCUGCCCUCUGAGGGCACUCAGACAGUGCUGAGCCCUGCAGUGACCUGCGGGCCCACGGGCCUGCUCCUGUGCCGCCCUGUGGUCCUGACCAUUCCCCACUGCGCCGACGUCAGCGCCUCGGACUGGAUCUACCAGCUGAAAACACAGUCCCACCAGGGAAACUGGGAGGAAGUUGUGACCCUGGAUGAGGAGACCCUCAACACUCCCUGCUACUGCCAGCUGGAAGCCAAGUCCUGCCACAUUUUGCUGGACCAGCUUGGCACCUAUGUCUUUGUGGGCGAGUCCUACUCCAGGUCAGCCAUCAAGAGGCUCCAGCUGGCCAUCUUUGCCCCCACUGUCUGCACCUCCCUGGAGUACAGCCUCAAGGUCUACUGCUUGGAGGACACGCCAGAUGCUCUGAAGGAGGUGCUGGAGCUGGAGAGGACACUGGGAGGGUACCUGCUGGAGGAGCCCAAGCCCCUGCCCUUCAAGGACAGCUACCACAACCUGCGCCUCUCCAUCCACGACAUCCCCCACGCGCUGUGGAGGAGCAAACUGCUGGCCAAGUACCAGGAAAUCCCCUUCUACCACAUCUGGAGCGGCAGCCAGCGAGCUCUGCACUGCACCUUCACGCUGGAGAGGUACAGCCAGGCCUCCACCGAGCUCACCUGCAAGAUCUGCGUCCGCCAGGUGGAAGGGGAAGGGCAGAUCUUCCAGCUCCACGUCACGCUGGGAGAGCAUGGCAGCUCCUCUGACACCCUGCGCUCCCACCACAGCGGUGCCACCACCACCAGCACCACCCAGGUGGGACCCUACGCCUUCAAAAUCCCCCUCUCCAUCCGGCAGAAGAUCUGCAACAGCCUGGAUGCUCCCAAUUCCAGGGGGAACGACUGGAGACUUCUCGCCCAGAAGCUUUCCAUGGACCGGUAUCUGAACUACUUUGCCACCAAAGCCAGCCCCACCGGGGUGCUCCUGGACUUGUGGGAAGCCGAGCACCAGGACGACGGCGAUCUCAACACCCUGGCCAGUGCCUUAGAGGAGAUGGGCAAGAGCGAGAUGCUGGUGGUCAUGGCCACAGAGGGGGACUGCUGAUGGUGCUCCCCACGGCUGGGGGGCCAGGAGGACGAAACAGGGGGUGAGGAAGGGUCCUCCCCCGACGGCAGGGGGAGGCACAUCCGUCCUGAGCGGGGAGGAGCCGCGGCCGGCGCUUCUCCCGCACCGCUGUCAGCCUUAGAGACCCAUCCUCAGCGUUUACAAGCAAUCCAAGUGUUACACAGCAUUCCUCCUCCUCCUCCUCCUCGUGGCACGGGGAGGAAUUAGGGCUUCUCGAGUCGGGAUGGGUGCUUUCCUUUUCCUUUUUCUUUUUGGGUUCCCUUCCUCCUCCUUUAAUAGCAUUUCUGCGUUGAAGAGAUGAAUACAAUCCAGGCUUAACUUCUGUCAAAGGCUUCAGGCAGCUUCACGAGGAAAAAAGAAAAAAAAAAAAAGAAAAAAAAAAAAAGUUUCUUAGGAAACGCAAAUAAUUUAUUAUCCAGAUCUUUGGAUGUGUCCUUUUUAAAAAAAAAAAAAAAAAGAAAAAAAAAAAA